AUGCCUUCCGAGAAGGCUCCCUUCUACGACCCGGUCCCUCCGACCUACGAUGAAGCCCUGGCUACUGGAAGUCGACGCGAUUACAGCUGGGGCCCUUCCAGAUCCUCGAUAGACAAUCGUGAUGCUGAUGAAGCAGAACAGCAGACUCUCCUGCGACAACCAGAGAGUUCCGCCGGCCCUUCCAGACAACCCCAUGGAUACCGGCCGCCCACGGUAGAAACCGACGAUGAGUCUAGUCUAUUCGGGAGCGACAGCGAGUUGGACGAUGACGAGGAGGCCGCACAGGUACGGCGAGAAAUGCAAGAGAUGGAAAUAGAAGAGCCGUCCGCGUCACGGAGCUCGGUAUGGAGUAAGAGGAUAGGAUUCUCCUUGUCGUUGCCGAAAUGGAAAUGGUCCUGGAGACCAAGAUUACCGCGAUUCCGUAUUCAACUUCCCUCACGCGCCGCCGCCGAACCAACCAGCGACGAAAACGAGAACGAAUCUGUCACCAACUCUGAAACUAGGCGGCAAUGGCCACAGAUGAAUUCCAUGGCGCUGAUUAUAGUCUUUGCCCGCCUCGUCGCACUCUUAAUUGUUCUCAGCUUCAUCUAUUUCCUCUUCGCGACCGGAUUCUUUAGCGGGUUUUCUGGCCGUAUGCCAGGGGGCCGGCGCUUCGACCCGGAAGAUCUCAAAUCUUUUCUACAAUCCCACGUCGAUCCGAUGCGCAUGCGGGCCUCUGUUCUACAUUACUCACACUAUGCACAUAUUGCUGGCACCGAAGGAGACUACGCCAUGGCCAUGGACGUUGAAAGCAUGUUUCACCGUGCCGGAUUGGAGUCGGUGCAGCUUGACGAAUAUUACGUUUAUGUUAACUAUCCUCGAAAGGACGGCCGGACCGUGCAGAUCAUGGAUACAGACGGCAAGAAGGCCAAAUGGACAGCCAAGUUGGACGAAGAAGAACGUGGCGGCGAAACAGCAGGACGCCAAACAUAUGCUUUUCAUGCACAUUCCAAAUCCGGAGAUGUCAAGGGUCCUCUGAUAUAUGCCAAUUACGGAUCCCGAGACGACUUCCAAAAGCUCAAGGAGAAAGGAAUCGAUACGAAAGGAGCCAUUGCUCUAGUGCGACACUUGGGCACACAAAAAGAUGAAGCCCUCAAGGUCAAAGCGGCAGAGCUUGCUGGCUUUGCAGGAUGCUUGGUAUAUAGCGAUCCCGCUGAAAACGGCUUUCACAAAGGCGAUGUGGCACCAAAGGGCCGAUGGAUGCCUGAAGAUGGUGUACAACGGGGCUCUGUCAGCUUGACAAAUAUGGCAGUCGGCGAUGUGUUAACACCCGGCUGGGAGAGCAAAAAGGAGAAGCAGAGAAUGAUCAUUGACGACGCUCCUGGGCUGGUCAAGAUCCCCAGCUUGCCACUUGCCUGGAGGGAUGCCAAGGUUCUGCUGCAGCACUUGAAGGGCCAUGGACAAAAGGUCCCGGAUGGGUGGAAAGGCGGCGUCCCAGAUGUUGAUGAGUGGUGGACCGGCGAUCACUCCUCCCCUAUUGUUCGUCUGCAAAACGAGCAGGACGAGGUCGAAAGACAACCCAUAUGGAACGUAUACGGCAGGGUUUUGGGCAUGGAACAAACAGCGAACCCGAUUAUUCUUGGAAAUCACCGCGACACCAUGGCAUUUGGCGCUACCCAGCCUCACUCUGGGACUGCCGUCAUGAUUGAGCUGGCUCGUAUUUUCGGUGACCUGUUGAACCGAGGUUGGCGGCCCCUGCGUACAAUCGAGUUCAUGUCUUGGGAUGCGGCAGAGUACAACAUGGUUGGUUCGACCGAGUAUGUUGAGAUGAAUCUGGACGCCUUGCGACGGAAUGCCUAUGCCUAUAUCAAUCUGGACGCUGCAGUCACCGGUACUCAAUUCACUGCUGCGGGAUCUCCACCCCUAGAAAGGGCAUUGAUUCGAGCCAUGGAACGGGUUGUAGACCCUUAUUUGAACGAUACUCUGAAAAACCAAUGGGACAACCGCAAAGCGAAGCUUGAAGGCCUUGGAGGUGGAGGUGACUAUGUUCCGUUCCAAAACAUAGCCGGCACGAGCUCGUUGGACCUCAAAUUCAAGGGAGAGCCAGUACCGUACGGCUCCAGCUAUGAUAACUUCAACCUGGUGGAGCAAGUGAUAGAUCCUAACUUUGCUUAUCACGGCCUCAUGGGCCAGGUUGUUGGCCUACUACUCCUCGAUCUGGCCGACAGAGCCAUCAUGCCGUUCGACAUGGUUGCAUAUGGCCGGAGCCUCGACCACUGGGUUCAUGAUUUGGAGACCUGGGUAAAUAAUCAGAAAGACGCCAAGGACGGCGCCUCAAAGAUACCGUUCCAAGAGCUCAAGGACGCUGUAUCGCUCGUCAAGAGCAAUGCAGAAGAAUUCGAGAAAUGGGAACUAGAAUGGGAUCGUUCAAUUCUCAGCAGCGGAGGAUACGAAGUGAACAGCCUCGGAGCCCAGCGCAUCAGUUACAAUGAUAAAAUGGCUGCGUUUGAAGCUUCCCUCCUAGAUUUGGAACUUGGCGGCGGUAUUCCUAAUCGCACCCAAUUCAAGCACGUUGUUUUUGGUCCACAAUUAUGGUCAACAUAUGACGAGGCAAUUUUCCCAGCCAUCCGCGAUACUGUAGAAGCUGGUGACUGGGAGCUAGCGAGGCUCAUCACAACGAAGAUUGCGGCUUUGUUACGAAAGGCUGCAACUAUUUUGCAGAUGUAA